CAUCUCAGAGGCCCUGAAGUCGUCACCAUGGGGGAGAGUGACCCUCCUGCUGCGGAAGCCCCCUUCUCCUUCCGGUCACUUUUCGGGCUGGACGAUCUGAAGAUAGGCCCCGUGGCUGCAGACGCAGAUGCGGUGGCCGCCCAGAUCCUGUCUCUGCUCCCCCUGAAAUUCUUCCCAGUCCUCGUCAUCGGGGUCAUUGCGCUGAUCCUGGCGCUGGCCAUCGGCCUGGGCGUGCACUUCGACUGCUCGGGGAAGUACCGCUGCAGGUCGUCGUUCAGGUGCGUGGAGCUGGCCGCCCGCUGCGACGGCACCUGGGACUGCCGGGACGGGGAGGACGAGUUUCGCUGCGUGCGGGUGAGCGGCCGGCACGCAGCGCUGCAGGUGUUCACGGCCGCCGCCUGGAGGACGCUGUGCGCUGAUGACUGGAGAGAGCGACACGCGGACCUGGCCUGUGCCCAGCUCGGCUUCCCCAGCUCGGUGAGCUCGGCGGCUCUCAGGGUGGAUGCGCUGGAGGAGCGUUUCCGGGGGGACUUUGCCUCCAUCAACCACCUCCUGCCUGAUGAAAAGGUCACGGCGCUGCAGCACGCGGUGUACGCCAGGGAGGACUGUGCGUCGGGCCGUGUGGUGACCCUGGCGUGUGCAGCCUGUGGCCUGAGGCUGGGCCGCGGCCGCAUCGUGGGCGGGAACGCGUCCUUGCUGGCACAGUGGCCGUGGCAGGCCAGCCUGCAGUUCCGGGGCCAGCACCUGUGUGGGGGCUCCGUCAUCACGCCCUCCUGGGUGGUCACCGCUGCACACUGCGUGUACGACCUGUAUGAGCCCAAGUCCUGGACCGUCCAGGUGGGGCUGGUGUCCCUGGACAGCCCGGCGCCAUCCCACCCGGUGGAGAAGAUCAUCUACCACAGCAAGUACAAGCCCAAGAAGCUUGGCUACGACAUCGCGCUCCUCAAGUUGGCCGGGCCCCUGGCCUUCAGCGCCAUGAUCCAGCCCGUGUGCCUGCCCAACGCAGAGGAGGACUUUCCCGAGGGGACGCUAUGCUGGACAUCGGGCUGGGGGGCCACAGAGGACGGAGGUGACGCGUCCCCCACGCUCCAGCACGCGGCUGUGCCCCUGCUGGCCAACAAGGUGUGCAACCACCGGGACGUGUACGGCGGCAUCAUCUCGCCGGCCAUGCUGUGCGCUGGCUACCUGCAGGGCGGCGUGGACAGCUGCCAGGGGGACAGUGGGGGACCCCUGGUGUGCCAGGAGAGGAGAGUAUGGAAGCUGGUGGGGGCCACAAGCUUCGGUAUCGGCUGUGCCGAGGUGAACAAGCCCGGAGUCUACACCCGCAUCACAGCUUUCCUGGACUGGAUCCACGAGCAGAUGGAGAGGGACCUGAAGACGUGA